AUGCUGAAAUAUACAAGAAGACCGAUAGUCACGACUAUCUCCUUAAUUUCAUUAAUAUGUAUCAUCUAUUUCAUGUCAUCAACGUCACUGAACUUGGAGUCUUCGUUAGGUAAAGUUAGAUCACCAAUAAAUUUAAAUUCCAAUACAUUGCAAACCAAUUUAGAUUCAUUAUUGGAGAGAAAUGUGGUACAGCUGAAUGAUCAAGUACAGAAGCCAUUGGAGGAACCUGGUUCGGAUGGAGCUGUUGGCAACUCGCAACAAGAACCCCAGACCAACUCCAACACCAAUGACCCUACUAAAGAUGCUGUUGAUGUGGCUCAAGCGUUUAUGCCCAAGAUGGCCAAUGAAACUUUGAAAGCGGAAUUAGGCCGUGCUACAUGGCGCUUAUUCCACACUAUAUUAGCUCGAUACCCCGAUGAGCCUUCAACUCAUGAACGCACGACCUUGAACAACUAUAUUCAACUUUUUGCCCAAGUCUACCCCUGCGGUGACUGUGCUCGUCAUUUUCAAAAAUUAUUAAGCAAAUACCCACCACAAACCAAGUCGCGUAAAACGGCUGCAUUAUGGGGGUGCGAUAUACAUAAUAAAGUUAAUGAUCGGUUGGGCAAACCGCAGUAUGAUUGCACGACAAUUCUUGAGGAUUAUGAUUGUGGAUGUGGAUCGGAUGAAAAGGAAUCGGAUUCUACUUUGAAAGGCGAGAGUUUGGACCAUUUGAAAGGGUUGACUGUGGAGAAGGAAAGGUUGCAAAGAGGUGGAUAA